AUGGUUCUUACCCAAUUCAAUCAUAUCUUUGCGGUUGCAAUGAUAUUUGCAUUCUUAGAUGCUUGGAAUAUUGGUGCAAAUGAUGUUGCAAAUUCGUUCGCAUCUUCUAUUUCAUCAAGAUCAUUAAAAUAUUGGCAAGCCAUGAUGAUUGCCGCGAUUUGUGAGUUUUUAGGAGCGGUUUUAGUAGGUAAUAAGGUCAGUGACACAAUAAGAAACAAAGUUGUUGAUGUUGCCAUUUUUGAACCAGAACCUGCUGUGCUUAUGUUAACAAUGGCUUGUGCCUUAGUCGGUUCAUCCAUUUGGUUAACCAUUGCUACAUCUAUUGGUAUGCCUGUUUCCACCACGCAUUCUAUUGUUGGUGCAACUAUUGGUUCAGCUAUUGCUGCAAGAGGUGCUAACAAUAUUGUCUGGGGUUGGGAUGGUGUUGCACAAAUUUUCGCCUCUUGGGGUAUUGCACCACUCAUUGCUGGUGCUUUCUCAUCCAUCAUUUUCCUUAUCUCCAAGUAUGCCGUCUUAGAAAUAAAGAACCCAGCUACUUCUUUAACAAAUGCUUUAUGCCUAGUUCCUAUUUUGGUCUUCGUCUGUUUCUCAAUCUUAACAAUGUUGAUUGUUUGGAAAGGUGCUCCUUCUUUGAAUUUAGAUGACUUAUCGGAUGGUGCACUUGCUGGCUCUAUUGUGGGUGUUGGUGCUGUAGCCUGUUUGCUUUAUAUGCUUAUCUGCUUCCCAUAUAUGAGAAGAAAAUUGGUCCACAAUGAUUGGACUUUAAAAUGGUACCAUAUAUUUAUUGGCCCAGUCUACUGGUUUAAGUCCACUGAUGAUAUUCCUCCAAUGCCACAAGGUCACAAUUUAACUAUUGAUUACUACAAAGGACGUCGUCAUAAUGAACAAGAGCUCGAUACACGUAGCGAGGAAGACAAGUUCGAAGAUAUUGAAGUUAAUGCUGAAAAAAUCUCUUCUUCUUCAAUUGACCAAACUAUUCAUAGAGAUAACAGUGGUACUGAUUAUGUCAAAUUCAACAUGCAAGAACCAGAUACCACAUUAUCUACCAAACAACUCUGGAAAGCUUUAUUCCUCGAAGGUCCAAAGAAGUGGCCAUUAUUAUUAUGGUUAAUUUUCACUCACGGUAUUACUAAGGAUAUUAUUACUGAUCAAGCACAGUCCAAAGGCGCUUUAUCUGGUGACUUGAAACAAUUACACACCAAAUCCAAAUAUUAUGAUAACAAAAUUGAAUACUUAUUUUCAUUGUUACAAGCUGUUACUGCUGGAACAAUGUCAUUUACUCAUGGUGCAAACGAUAUCGCCAAUGCUACAGGACCAUUAUCUUCAGUUUACUUAAUCUGGAAAACUAAUACUACUGGUGCUAAAUCUGAUGUCCCAGUCUGGGUUUUAUGUUACGCAGCAGCAGCUUUAGUAAUUGGUCUCUGGACAUUCGGUUACAGAAUUAUGCGUAAUUUAGGUAACAAAUUGAUUUUGCAAUCUCCAUCCAGAGGAUUCGCAAUUGAAUUAGGUGCGGCAAUCACUACUGUCAUGGCCACGCAAUUAGAGAUUCCAGUCUCUACUACCCAAUGUGCUGUUGGUGCUACUGUCUUCGUUGGUUUAUGUAAUUUUGAUGUACGGGGUGUCAACUGGAGAAUGGUCAUUUGGAUUUACGCUGGUUGGAUUUUUACCUUACCAAUUGCAGGUUUGAUUGCAGGUCUUCUCAAUGCUUUCAUCAUACAUUCACCACACUGGGGCGGUAAUUACCAAUUAAAUUGA